AUGCCAGAACCGAACAUCAUCACUAUACAACCCAAGCUGUCUGAAGAAUCCGCCCCGACGCCCGAAGAAACUACGACUAUUUCAUCGCCUGGAACGAUAGCGGGUGUAACCAUCGGGGCUAGUCUGCUUGUGUUCGGCAUUGUACUCUGCUUGUGGCUCUUGUGGCGCAAGCGAAGGGACGAAGACACAAAAAAGUGCCUAGGAACAUUUCAAGUACUGCAAGGGCAUGGCAAGAUAGCGCCUGGUGAAUUGGCAGUCGAUGCCAAAGCCGAACUUGACGGUACCCAGAAUCCAGCUCCAGAGGUUUACUCGCCACCCAAGCCACACGAACUUGCACACGGUGUCGGAGAAAACGUUCGUGUCGAGAUAUUUGCACCUCCAGUCAUGUUUGAACUGGCUGGUACUGUUGUGAACAGAAGAUGA